AUGAGUGGGUUUCGUGUGUUAGAUUUGGUUAAGCCAUUUACACCAUUUAUGCCAGAGGUGAUUGCACCUGAACGGAAAGUGGCAUUCCAACAAAGACUUAUGUGGACAGGUGUGACUUUAUUGAUUUUCCUUGUGAUGAGUGAAAUUCCAUUAUAUGGGAUCGCUUCCAGUGACGGUAGUGAUCCGUUAUACUGGUUGAGAAUGAUGUUGGCCUCCAACCGUGGUACAUUGAUGGAAUUGGGUAUAUCACCAAUUGUAUCGGCCGGUAUGGUUUUCCAGUUAUUGCAGGGAACCAAAUUGAUUACUGUUGACAUGAGUAAUAAGAACGACAGAGACCAAUUCCAGACUGCACAAAAGUUGUUUGCUAUUUUGUUGGCUGUGGGCCAGGCUACUGUUUACGUAUUGACUGGUAUGUACGGACCACCAUCAUCUUUAGGUACUGGUGUUUGUUUAUUAUUGGUGUUACAAUUGGUGUUUGCCGGUAUCGUUGUCAUCUUAUUAGAUGAACUUUUGCAAAAGGGCUACGGUCUUGGUAGUGGUAUUUCUUUGUUCACUGCUACAAACGUUUGUGAACAAGUAUUCUGGAAAGCAUUUGCCCCAACUACCUCUAACAUUGGUAAAGGUACCGAAUUUGAAGGUGCAGUUGUGGCCUUAUUCCACUUAUUAGGUUCUCGUAAGGAUAAAAAGAGAGCACUUCUCGAAGCUUUCUACAGAUCCCACUUGCCAAACAUGUUUCAAUUGAUUGCUACUAUUUUCGUCUUCUUAUUGGUCGUCUACUUGCAAGGUUUCAGAAUCGAAUUGCCAAUUAAAUCAACCAGACAAAGAGGUCCAUAUGGAUUAUACCCAAUCAGGUUAUUCUACACAUCUAACAUUCCAAUUAUGUUGCAGAGUGCUUUAUCAUCAAACAUUUUCAUCAUUUCGCAAAUGUUGUUUGUCAGAUGGCCAAAUAACAUUUUUGUCAAGAUCUUGGGAAGCUGGGAUACCAGACAGGGUGCGGCACAAUUGUAUGCCGUCAGUGGUUUGGCAUACUACAUCCAACCUCCAUUAUCGUUCACCGAAGCAUUAUUAGAUCCAAUCAAGACUAUCAUUUACAUAAUAUUUGUUUUGGGAUCUUGUGCUGUAUUCUCCACCACCUGGAUUGAAAUCAGUGGUGCAUCUCCAAGAGACGUUGCUAAACAGUUCAAAGAACAAGGAUUGGUUAUCGCAGGUCACAGAGACACCUCUGCUUACAGGGAAUUGAAGAAGGUCAUUCCUACUGCUGCUGCUUUCGGUGGUGCCACUAUCGGUGCUUUAUCGGUAUUCUGUGACUUGAUGGGUACUUUAGGUUCUGGUACAUCUAUUUUAUUAUCCGUUACAACUAUUUAUGGUUACUACGAAUUGGCCAUGAAGGAAGGUGGUUUCGGUAAAUCAGUUGUGAGCAGCUUCUCCGAUGGUAUUUAA